CGUUCAAACUUACCAAUAUCCUGAUGGCUCGUCAAGGGAUCAUGUCUGUUACCGUUUUCCAUGGCGAUGUUUGCCUCGGUGAAGCUGAAGUAUUACCCAGUACGAAGAGUCCCAGCUUCCAGUUUCCUAAGAAUGAGAUACGCAUCACCCAAAUUUCUCCUCCAAGCGAGCGGUGCCCUCCCCUAUCCGUUUUGCAAACAAUUUCCCCAUUCUCCGUACGGUGCAAGAUUCAGGCGAAAUCAGCCGCCAACGAUUCCCCAAUCUCGCGGUUCUACCUAUCCUGCCUCCAAGAAUUCAAGACCGCAUUUAUGGUUAUUGGAGAUGAAGAGCUGCAUUUAGUUGCAAUGCUGAGCAAGGGCGAGAAGUUCCCUUGUUUCUGGUGCUGUUCAGUCCGGGCUGGCCUGUACAACUCCUGCUUGGGGAUGCUCAAUCUGCGAUGCCUUGCCAUCGUAUUUGAUCUCGAUGAAACGCUCAUCGUCGCCAACACAAUGAAGUCGUUUGAGGACCGAAUUGAGGCUUUGUCCCGCAGAAUUCAUUCUGAGAAUGAUCCUCUCAAGGUUUCCGGAAUGUCUGCAGAGCUCAAGCGUUACAUAGAGGACAAAGAAAUGUUGAAGCAGUAUGCCGAGAGUGAUACCGUUUUAGAUAAUGGGAAGUUGAUCGGUGUGCAGAAUGAGCAGGUUCCUUUACUGCACGGCGGUCUGGAGCCCAUUAAACGGCCUGUCAUAAGGCUGCCAGAAAGGAAUAUUGUGUUGACUCGAGUCAAUCCUGAGAUUCGUGACACUAGUGUGUUCGUAAAGCUACGACCUGCUUGGGAGGAUUUGAGGAGCUACUUGACUGCCAAAGGACGGAAACGUUUUGAAGUAUUUGUGUGCACAAUGGCCGAAAGAGACUAUGCUUUAGAGAUAUGGAGGCUUCUUGACCCGGAAUCUAAUUUGAUCAGCUCAAAUCAGCUAUUGGAUCGGAUAGUAUGCGUAAAAUCUGGCUCAAGGAAAUCACUUUGCCAUGUUUUUAGAGAUGCUAAUUGUCAUCCAAAAAUGGCGAUGGUUAUUGAUGACCGAUUGCAGGUUUGGGAGGAUAGGGAUCAACCUCGAGUUCAUGUUGUCCCUGCGUUCACUCCAUAUUAUGCCCCUCAAGCAGAGAUGGCUAAUACUGUUCCUGUUCUCUGCGUUGCAAGAAAUGUUGCCUGCAAUGUACGAGGUGGUUUCUUCAAAGAGUUUGAUGAGAUUCUAUUGAGGAGAGUUUUUGAAUUAUGCUAUGAAAAUGAGAUACCUGAUUUACCUUGUGCUCCAGAUGUAGGGGAUUACCUGAUGUCAGAGGCGUAUCUUGUUGCAGAACCAGUUCAACGACAAACACAAGCAACCCAAGGCAUACCAUCAGACGAUGAUGGAUCACUAAAUAGAGCACCUGCUAAUAGUGAAUCUCUUCCUCUACUCCCAUCUUUUUUGCUUAUAUCAGUAUUGCAUGAAAUUGGGCGGAGGUGUGAUUCUAAGGUUGAAUUUAGGUCUGUUACUGGAAGCAGCAAGGAUCUGCACUUUACUAUUGAGGUCUUGUUCAGCUCAGAAAAGAUUGGAAUUGGAAUGGGAAGAACAAGAAAAGAAGCUCAACUGCAAGCAGCUGAGAAUGCUUUGCGCAAUUUGGCUAGUGGGUACCUGUCAUUUAUUUCUCCCAAUGUGGAGGUUGCUAAACCAAAUAAUAUUUCUAUUGAAAGUGAGAAUGGUUUUUUAGAAGAGUACAUUGACACUACUCUGGACAAGUCAUCCAAGAAUGAACUUUUACCUAGUUCUAGUUUGAUUGGGCAGUUGGAGCAAUCAGAUAAAUCAGAAAGAUUAUCAUCUGUUUUAUCUGGCAUAAAAGAUCUAUGUUUAGAGAGGAAAAACCUUAUUUUUCAAGAAGUUCCCCUAGCUUCCACAAGUUGUAGAGAGUACUGUUUUCAGGUCGAGUUAGCAGGAAAAGUUCUCGGCAGGGGAGUAGGCAUAAGCAAAGAUAGGGCAAAGCUUCUGGCUGCUGAAGAGGCACUAAAAUAUUUGAAAGCGCGCAGCGAAGUGCAAAGGCAUAAACAACAAAAUCCUUGCGGGUCGUGAUACGGAGGAAUCGCCCAAAGGUGGAGCCAUAUUCGAUGAUUUCACAAGGUGAAAGUUAAUGUGUUAUUGCCAUUUAUGCAAGAUGGUGAGGUUUUAAUCUAUUCAUAGGUGAUGCUUUUAAAUACUGUACCUGAAUUGCAUUUGUAUCUUACAUCUGCAUCCAAAAUCGAUCUUUAACUAUUUUAUUGAGCUUGAUAGUUUUUGAAGUUUGUUUAUUAAAAUAGUAUUCAAUUUUAUACA